GCUGUGUUAUGCAGCAAAUGUUUAUGUUUACGUGUGUACAAAAAAAAACAAAAGACCUUGUUUAUUUAUGGGAGAAGGAUUAUGAAUACUUACAAACAACAAGCAUCUUUUUUUUUUGAAAAGCAGAAAACCAUAAUGCCUUCUUUCUCUAAAGUUUGUACUUUUCUUAAGUCUAUCGAAUAUGUUAAGAUUCCUUGCCUUUUUAUGUUCGCAGCCAUUGUCGGCAUGAAUCUCUCGCUGCUGUAUUGCCUCAUGCGAGGAUGGAAGCAUGUUGGACUUUGGAGCAUUGGCACUCUUAUUUCUGGAUUCAUUGGUACUUUUUUGGCUUACAAGAAAAAAAUCUCUUGGUCUCAUCUUUUGCUUUUGUGGUCUACUGCUGAUGCCUUUUUUAGCAUGUGUUUGAGAUCUUGCGUCCUUAUUUACUUUUCCAUGAAUCCCUAUAUACUAUGCGAAGUCUUUAGUAGUGACAACAUAAUGGUUUGCAGCUCCAAUAUGCAAAAAGUAUUUAUGGUUAUCGUUGCUGCAUCCAACAUCUAUAGCUUUUUCCAAUUGGGUUGUUGCUUAUUAGUCUUCAAUAAUGUCAUUAAAAUCCAUUCUACUGAAGACAUGGGAAUCCAAUAUAUUUCUGAUGACAUGGAACAAGAAGUUGCUUUCCAUAACGGCUUUCAGCUUCCUGAAAAGCCUAUUCAAUUGUAAACAAUUUUUCGUUCAGCGUCUUAUUUUUCUUGAAAGGCUCAUAUGGUUUCCCUUGCUGUUCUAGAAUAUUGGCUCAUUCUUUCUUUUAUUGAUAUGUUUUUUUUCAGCACCAGUUUUUCUAUUCCUCCAUGUAUCUAUGGACGCUUACAAUGACCAAUAUUUUUUUUCGUGCACAUAUUCUCAUCGGCAAGAAAAGUAUAAAUACAAUACAUAGUACAAAUAUCUGUCGUGGUUUCUAUUAUUUUUUUUUAAUUCACUUUAUAACUUUAUAAAUUGUUCGUUUUUCGUCUGCGCAGCGCAUAAAUAAAAGUUACCAGAUAGUAUUUUUUAUAUAACUCAAUUCUUUUUAAAAAAAAACACAGGGCUUCUUAUUUCUUUCGCC